AUGGUCGAGCUUGUAUGUUUAGGCCAAGCACUCUCAAAUAUCCAUGGACUCUCACUCGAGACUAUUCUGACCUUUGUUACCUUGGCCUCUGCUGUCAAGGAAGACAUGAUAUUAGCCCAGCCUGCAACAUAUGAUGUAUCUACACCUCCGGACUUCAUGCCUCCUAGCGUGUCUUUGUUUUUGGGCUCCGCAUGCUCCCUGACACAAGACUCAGUGCGAAUCUGCUGGUCCACCUUAAAACACGAUAUCUGGAAAGACAGAUUCACGCUGCAGCACAACACCCACUCACUGUUCAAACAAUUCGCCUACAAGACAUUCUACCCUCUGUUCAAGAUGUGCACAGAAGCAACUUGUGAACGACGAGCAAACGGGUUGCUUUUGAACAAGGUUGAACAAGUCCGAGUUGUGUAUGUGAGUCUCGAACAUGGGACAAUGCCUGCAUAUGAUGUUGCAAUGCGAUGCGAAUGCUGCAAAAUCACUUAUCACCACAAUUACAAAGUCAGUCACGGUGAUAAGGACCGUAUCUACUACGACUACACGGAAGGACUGCCUGAUGCCAUUCAAGUUGGUACGCACCACUAUGUUGAUAUUGGGGUGGGUCAGCUCUGGAAGACCAUGAUGCAUGUCGCUUGCACGUCGGGAACUAACUGUGCCCGAAUCUACAACUCUUCUGUCAGCCCUGCACAGUUUGUUCGCAUUGUUGUUGUUGAUGGGGUCACAGUCAGCAGACCAUGCUGCUCAGUUCCUUACUGCUUCGAGUCUCUGCGGUCAGUAAAUGACCGCUUUUGUCAUUUGCAUAUGGCCGAGCAUGGGAACCAGUGCGCAAUCAUCAGCUGCACCAACAGUAUUACCCCAGGCAGCAAGACAUGUCAAGACCCGGACCACAAGGCUGUUGAGGCGGUGCAUGCCUUGCGUGGUCAAUCACAUUUCCAGCUUCGUGAACGACUUGAGCGGUCUCGUGCCAUCGUGGAUAAUCCCGCUCGUGUGAUUCCUAAGAGCGCUGUACCUGACGGCGAUAUGUCAGACGAAGGCCUGCAAUUUCCGUGGAGGUGA